UGGAAUAUAAAUUCUAGGAGGAGUCCAGAAUGAAAGAUGUAUUAGAAAUUUGUGGGAGACUUUAUUUAAGCAUGUCUAGUUAAACCCUUUGAAUGAAAAGGAGAAAACCAAAUCAUCAACAAAAACCUUUCUCCCUAAAACAGUAUUAUACAUUCACACGCAUUCUUCUAACAUAAGAGUUUUUGCUACUAUUUCAACACAAUCAUUAGUGCAUAGUUUCCUUUACGAAGUAACAAAGAAGCAGCCACUCUUCCACCACCCCUUCUCUUUCCAAAAAAGAGGCUCACGUUUUGGUUCACAAGUUUGACAUUUAAGAGGGAAAACUAAAAGGAAUAUAUGAUUCUCAGGCACCGCUUUGUAAUAAAAGUCCUUUAAAAAGGCCACCACCAGCCAGCGCCGCUCUAACCUCAUACACAGAAGUCGUACCUAGUUCCUGUCACUUUAAAGCUCUGCUGACGCCACUCGAAUGUAUCCAGAGGGGAAGUCCCUGCUCAGGGAAUCUCCCGCCAGCUGCAGUGCAGGAUCCCAGCGAGUCUGGAGGAGCACGUGGAGCAGCAGCAGCCCCAGGAGCAGUAGCAGCCCCAGCAGUAGCAGGAGGAUGGAAGAUACCCAAUCAACUGUGGAGCUGAGAAAUUCACAGGAGCAGCCUGUGUUCACAGAAGGCCAGGUGAUUUUGAAUGACUACAGUCCAGCCAAACCUCAAGAAGUAGAAAAUAUGGACAGUGGAGAAGACAAUAAAGACCAGGUCCCACCCAAUGAAGAUGAGGAUAUAGGAGAUGAUUCAAUGAAAGUGAAAGAUGAAUACAGUGAAAGGGAUGAGAAUGCUUUAAAGCCAGACCCCAUGGAAAAUGUGGAAGAUCCUGAAAUACCUUACAGCUAUCCAAGAGAAUAUAAUGAAUAUGAAAGCAUUAAGUUGGAAAGACACGCUGUCUCUUAUGACAGCGGCAGGCCAACUAGUGGAAAAAUGAACUGUGAUGUGUGUGGAUUAGCCUGCAUUAGCUUCAAUGUAUUGAUGGUUCAUAAGCGAAGCCAUACUGGUGAACGCCCAUUCCAGUGUAAUCAGUGUGGGGCAUCUUUUACUCAGAAAGGUAACCUCCUCCGCCACAUUAAACUUCACACAGGGGAAAAACCUUUUAAGUGUCAUCUCUGCAACUACGCGUGCCAGAGAAGAGAUGCUCUCACAGGUCACCUUAGGACACAUUCUGUUGAGAAGCCCUACAAGUGUGAGUUUUGCGGAAGGAGUUACAAGCAGAGAAGCUCCCUUGAGGAGCAUAAGGAACGAUGUCGCACUUUCCUGCAGAACACCGGCAUGGGUGACACUGCCAGCGUGGAGGCAAGACAUCUCAAAGCAGAGAUGGGAACCGAAAGAGCUCUUGUGCUGGACAGAUUAGCAACCAACGUGGCCAAACGAAAAAGCUCGAUGCCCCAGAAAUUUAUUGGUGAAAAGCGUCACUGCUUUGAGGUCAAUUAUAAUUCUGGCUACAUGUAUGAGAAGGAAAGUGAAAUGAUACAGACGCGGAUGAUGGAUCAGGCCAUUAACAAUGCCAUCACCUACCUUGGAGCUGAGGCCCUGCGUCCCUUAGUGCAGACCCCUCCUGCCCCAACCUCAGAGAUGGUCCCAGUUAUCAGCAGCAUGUACCCCAUUGCACUUACCCGCACAGAGAUGCCAAAUGGUGGCCCUCAGGACCUAGAGAAGAAAAACACUCACCUAUCAGACAAAUGCUUACCUUCUGAAAGAGGCCUCUCGCCCAACAACAGUGGCCACGACUCCACAGACACAGAUAGCAACCAUGAAGAACGCCAGAAUCAUGCCUACCAGCAAAGCCAUAUGAUCCCUCCCCGGGCCAGAAAUGGGAUGCCACCCCUGAAGGAGCUGCCCCACUCCUAUGAACUCCUCAAACCUCCACCCAUCUGCCCUCGAGAUACCAUCAAAGUGAUCAACAAAGAUGGAGAAGUGAUGGGUGUAUUCAGGUGUGACCACUGCCGAGUCCUUUUCCUGGAUUAUGUGAUGUUCACCAUUCACAUGGGCUGUCAUGGUUUUCGUGACCCUUUUGAGUGUAACAUGUGUGGGUACCGGAGCCAUGACAGGUAUGAAUUCUCCUCUCACAUUGCUAGAGGAGAACACAGAGUCAUGUUAAAAUAAAUAGCUCAAUUCUCUCUCAGAGAUUUAAGUAUUGAGCAUCAUUAAAAAGCAGCAGCAACAACAUACAACUAGACCUCCACUUUGCUGAAGCUGUAGAACCUCAAGUUAUUUUCCCUAUCAGUUCUGAUAUAAAAAGUGUAAUGUCUUCAUUAACUGCAUAAAGGAUUCUGCACUCGUUCAAUAACUCUUGUGGACCCAUGGUGUUACUAUUGAGAGAUGGGGUUUUAUAGCAUUUUUUUUCCCUCAGGGACUUAAUAUUAUUGAACUUUUAAAAGCAGGGAAAUCUUUAAUCAUCGCCUUCUUCACCAACACAACUCAAAUCUGUGUUAAGAAGUCUGUCAUCCAUUCAAAUUUCAAACUGUCCCUGGCUGUGCUCUGUGAAAGCUUGGAGGUGACAUGUAUUCAGCACCAUUAACAGGGAAAAUUGAUCUUGGCCAGAAAACUGACUCAGAAUUUUGCAUGUACUAAAACCUUGGCCUAUGUUGAUUUGGGUGGGGAGGGCGGGGAGAGUAGAAGAAGGUAUUUCCAAUUGCCAUAUAAAUAACAGGACUAGAAUAGCAGCGUGAUAGUUUAUGUGAUCAGGGGAUCUAAUCUAGCAUUUGAAGACUGAAAACUCAACGCUGCUUUAGACAAGCAGCGCCCUCCAAAACAGUCAUGUGUUCAUCCUGCUGCUUCUCCCUACUCCCCUUCCUCCCCCAAUUCUCUAAGAACUGUUUUGGGUUCAGCAAAGUACUCUGAAAGGAAUUCUAUAUAAGGAGAGUUAUCUUUUGUAAACAAAGACAUAUGGUAAUUAAAACAUAGCAAAUUGUCCGUUAUAGAACUCAGCAUCAAUUUCCUUUCCCCAAAGAUGGGAAGAGGGAGUAUCUAAGAGGGACAAGAAAUGGUUCAGCAGUUUAAACAGGAAAAACAACUAAUUACAUGAUCAAUCAGCAAGCAUUUAUUAAGUACCUGUUGUAUGCCGGGUACUAUGUUCUUCUGACCCCCCACUAUGUAUUGUUAC